UUAGCCCAGCUGGUUGGACCAUCCCUCCAUGGUUGGACUUAGGCUGCAUUGCACUGCGACUAGUCCUCUUACAAUGCGAAUUUUUUUUUUACGGUUUAGUGGCAUAGUGACCAAUCCCGUCCAAAUCAAAAAAGAGGAAAACUAACAAGAAAUCUCUAUGCGCACGCAGCUUUGAACUAAGCACAACCAGGCUAAGCACUGCCAUGAAACAGUGUUUAGCCAAGUUUUGUGCUGGAGUAAACACGGCUUUUCUGCAGAGCAACUCCAUGAAUUGGGCCCCUUAUUUAGGUGCAAACAGAGCAAGGCAGAAGUGUAUUUACAAUGGGGAAGAAACAUUCUACCAUCCCGCUACACAAGCGUGCUGCCAAGGACAUAUCUAUCAACGAGCUCAUAACUUGGAAGAAAUAUGCUGUGGCAGAGUUCUUCACGACUCAACCACAGGCCGGUGCUGUGGAGACCACACUUGGAUCAACGAAGACAGUCACUUUUGCUGCGGCAAUGCUGUGUACCCACGUGAAGAGCACAUGCAAUGCUGUGGCGAUCAGCAGAUUGACACAUCCACACAUACCUGCUGCUCUUGGCACGUCAUAGAGAACACUGGAGAAUGCUGCGGGAAGAACGCCACCUACGAUCCCACGACACAGCACUGCUGCACCGGACCCGACUAUACCGGCCACGUGGCCACAGUGGGCAGGGAAGCAGUCAUCAGCAGUUUCCUGGAGUGUUGCAACACGGAGGUCAUUGAUACCAGACGGAAACUGUGUUGCCAGGGUAACGUGAUUGACCGUGAGACUUCUUUCAAGGAGUGCUGCGGACCGAACACUUUUGACAUCAGGACAGAGGUCUGUUGCGAGGCUGAGGCCAAGCACCGCAUCAGCCCGCUGGUAGACGGCAAGGUUGAGUGCUGUGGAUUGACACCUUACAAUAAGGACAGGGACCAGUGCUGUGAGUCUGUCAUUACUCCCAAUAUCGGAAAUGGCCAAUGUUGUGGUGCCACAGCAUACAAUCCGCUGCAGUCGUCUUGCUGCUACCCCAGCCCGCCGUCACUGUCCGUCCCUGAGAUACCAGGUGUACAGGAUUGCUGCAGCGGAGAAUCCUACCUAAGGACGCGACACAUCUGCUGUGCGGGCACACUCCACGUGCUGGAACCUGGCAAAGAAUGCUGUGGAAAUGAUCUGUACAAUCCGGCGGACCAGCUAUGCUGUGCUGGUCACAUCUUGGCCAGAGUAUCUCCAACGUCUCAGUGUUGCGGAGACAGAGACACAUUCGACCCCGAGCAACAGACCUGCUGUCGUGGAUUUGUAUCGAACAUUGUGAACGGAUCCUGUUGUCGCAUCAUGAGACACGUAUACCAGGCCUAUCAGCCUACUGAAAGCAAAUGUUGUGAACGUCGCUCUCUGUCGCGGGCCACUUACGGCAGAGUGCAGAGAAUUGAUGCUGUGUGCUGUGGUAUCCACGCCCUUUCAGACAACGAACUGUGCAACCCUUGCUCUAUGAAGCCUGUGACGAAACUUUCCCCGAUGGACAAUGCAGUCUGCUGUUCAGAACCAAAGUCCCAAGAAAGGAACCCUAAAACCUACAACAGAAACACACAGGUUUGUAAGCAGGGGAAGGUGUACAGCAUUAAGGGCAUGCUUCCUGGCUUUGAAUCCUGUGGGGGGAAAAUCUACGACACAGAGAGCCAUCAGUGUUGUAAAGGUUACAUCCAUCCAAGGAUCUACAUGGCUGACAAGCCCUACCGUAUGAAAUGCUGUGGCACUGAAACCUACGUCCCAGAAUGGCAUGCGUGUCGGAGGCACCUCCAAUAUGAGAAGGUGAUUUCCAUCCCGGAGGGACUCGUCGGAUAUUGCCGAGGCAAUACCUACAACAUUCAAUCCCACUUCUGUGAUAGCAGUAAUGGCCACAUCCGGCCCAUCCAGGAGAUGGAGCUGGGCUGGGAAGUAUGCGAGAACCACAAGGCUGAAAACGGUUACCGCCCCUACGAUCCGUCAGAACAGGAGUGCUGCGGGGGGAUCUUGAUCGGACCAGGGGAGACAUGCUGUCACGGCCACCGGUUCUUGACUCCGGAGACCAGCCUCGGAGAGGGUAGAUGUUGCGGCUUGGUGGGUUACAACCCAACUACUUAUACAUGCUGUGAUGGGGUACUGCACCAGAUCUCUGCACCAGGCCAAGUGUGCUGCGGACGCAGGCUCUUUGACCCGUCCAGCCCGGAGCUGAUGUGCUGUAACGACACCCUACUUUCCACUGCAGAUGGCAAGACUGCUUGCACGGCUGGGGUGGCUCACCGGCCCACGGACACCGUGUGCCAAGGCAGAGUCUACCCAGUGGAGAACGGCGAAUGUUGCGGGGUGGUUUUGAUGGACAGCAGUAGACAAGUUUGCUGCCAGGGAAGAUUUCUGUACGACAAGGCUGUGUAUGGUGAUACCUGCUGUGGAAGGGUUGCAUACGAUGCUCUGGAUGAAACGAAGAAGUGCUGCAUAGACUCGCUCUUUCAUGAUGCACAGAAUGCAGUCUGCUGUCACAGUCAGAUCAUGGACCCACGCUCUGAAACCUGCAGAGCCAUUGGAGAUAUUCGGUACAGCUUCCCCAAGGAUGUGGACUUCUUCAGCUCGGAGGAUCAGAGUGUUGCCAUAGAACAUACAGUCUGCCAAGGUCUGAUUUAUCCAUUCCAUGGCGAGUGUUGCGGAAAUGAGGUCAUCAGAAGCAGCGAGGAGGAUGCGAUUUGCUGUGCUGGCCGGAGGCAGUCUCACCAGUUCGGGGAGAAGGCCAUGUGCUGCGGAGGGGAGGUGAUGGAUUCGGAGCUGUACACUUGCUGCGGGGGCAAACCCUUGCGCAAACACUAUCACUGGAUGACUUGCUGCAACGGGGAGAUAAUGGGUAGGCACAAAUGCCAGGCUGCUCAAGCUAGGCUCCCACGGUCUAACCCAGGAUCGGCAACAUGCGGAAGCCAGUACUACGAUGCCUCCCGUCUGGGUUGCUGCUACACUCACAUCUAUGACCUGGAGCUGUACGGCUGCCAGGACGGCAUCUUGCAGCCCUUGUGCAGUGGAGUCCCGUAUGACGCUAACAACCUGACCUGCUGCUCUGGUGCAACCCAUCAUGCAUCAACUACGGGCUGCUGUAACGGGGUGCCGUAUGAGUUUGGCAUGCACACUUGCUGCGCAGAGCAGCUCCACCCCAUCAAAAAUGGAUCCUGCUGUGGUCUGCAUGGCGAGAAGCCAUACAGUCCCAACAAAUUUCUCUGCUGCGACGGAACCCUCAGGAGGAAGAAGACGGAUACCACCCAGUGUUGUGGAAGCAAUGCAUACAACCCCCAGACAGACACCUGCUGUGAAGGGAAUGUGACUCUAGGUACAAGACCUGGAAGCUGUUGUGGUGGCAUGGCAUUUGACCCCACCACACAAGCCUGCUGCCCAAAUACAGGGAUGUUGUCCAAUCGCCAAGAUGUCUCUGGAGACUUCUCAGAAUCCUGCUGUGAACCAGGCUUGGAGUACAACAAAGAUGCAGGCACCUGUUUACCUGAAGUGCGUUUGAUGGAGCUUAACUAGGAACUGAUAGGUAAAGAAAGGAUCAGCUUUUAUACAUCCGAAAAGUAGUGACCCAGACUUGAAUCUGCAGAUGUCUCCUCAUGACUUUGUAAAGACUCUUGGAGUUAGCACUCCCUGCUGCAUAGACUCUUCACAGGAACAAUGGAUGACAUUGACCUGUGUGCACAAUUUUAGGAGGAAGCCAACCUAUGAAGAGUUAAUUUCAUAAAUGUGAUAAGAAUCAUUUUGAUCCAAGAAUUUGAGAACCUUACCCUCUCUUGGUUGCCUAAAGUCAGUUUCGAGGGUUCAGAUAGUUGGACACAAAUCUGCAUUUUGAAGAACAAAAUUACGGGACACCAGGUAUGCUGUUUUUCAAUCUUAAAUAUUUUAUAAUUGCAGAAAAAUUCUGUGUUUUCCAAAUGGACAGAUCACUUUUCAGAAAUAAACCUUUUAUGUGUGCCCAAAGAGCAUUGGCCAGUUCAUGCUCUUUGCAAAAUGUACACAAGAAGUGAAGUUGGCACCAUGAAGCAUUCAGUGGGGAAUUUCGCCAGAGUUGAAACAUGCUCAGUGUUUGCAAAUUAAACUCUGUGAAUGAAAGUGCGACGUGACGUUAUCCAUUUCAAUUCAUGUUGGCUUUUGCAGUGAGUAUGAACUGCCUUUGGAUGUAACAAAUUGCCUGACCAAGAUAUAUCUGUAGACAUUAAUUGUACUGUCUACCUUAGAAAUGUUAGACCAAUGAAUGGUUGCUUUGCUUAGUGACUAAGAGAUUGCUGUAAUAUUCCAGAUGUUCUUCUUUCAAUAUUUAUUUCACUUGGUUGUAUUCAAUUUUUAAAAUAUAAAGACAGUAUUUUUAGUUUCAUUUCCAAAGUCAUUAUGUUGCAUUUUAUGACUCAGCGUACACAUCCCAGUACAUAUAUGUGGAAAUGGUUUUAUAUAUUUUAUUUUAUCUAUCUGAAAAAUAUUUUAUAUUAUAUAAUUGAAUAUAUUCUCAUAUUUAAGUUUGAAUGUUUGGUGGAAUGGCUAUCCAGUUAAAACCCAUCUUUCAGGGGAUAAAAAGGCAUUUCCUUGUUAGUUUCUUCGUGAGGGUGAUGCAAUGUGGAGGAUAUACAUUUAUAGUUUGGUUUGUUUGAUCUGCAACUUAAGUAGAUGUAUAGUAUAAGUAGACCUAUUGCGAUAUCUACACGCUGUUUCUGCAGACAUGAUGUAAUGAUUUUAGGGAGUCAAAACAUUUUGUGGAGGUUUGUUGAGUGUUGAAUAGCACAUGGUUUGCAUAUUUUUAACCUUUUGUGGCAUGAAUGUUAUUAUAUGGUAGAACCGACAUGUCAGAAACUCUAAUUAUUCAUUGAGAGUGGCUUUAAAACUUGAUCUGUCUAGCAUUUUUGUAUUUAACCCAGACUUAAUAUUUAUAUUUUAAUCGGGAAAAGUGCAGGACCCCUGUGUAUAUCUGCAGGGAUGAUAACUUUUGGAUUAAGUAUAAUGUAUACCAAACUUGGUAUGAUCAUAGAUUCUCAUUCGACUGUAAGCUACAGCUGACGUUGAUCUAUCCUAUUCUGUCUGUUUUCCGAAAAGACCUGUUUGAUGGUGUUUUUUUUCAAAAUGUCUACUUGUUAGCGACAGUAGGCUGACGGAAAAGUCAUUCCUUCAAUUUCUUUGAAUGCAGUUUCUUGUUAGAAUGCUGAAUGAAUAUAAAUAUAUCUAUAUAUUAAUA